ACAUGUCGGUUCUUUUAAUCGCGUAUAAUUGAUCGCACACGGAACCGACGGCGUUCCCCGUGGCUGUGUAAACACGUUUUCGCGAUAACGCGCGCUUCUCGGAAGCUCCAGGAGGAGGGUCCGGAAUCGGAUCCGCAUGUUAGAUCAUGUUAGAUCCACGAGUGUCCGUGAGACGUGCUGACGAGCCGAACACCUUUUUUCCUCGAUGAAUCGCGCGACUCGCACGGCGACGAGGCGCGACAAACAUUCCUCGGCGACACACCAUCGGCGGCUGGGCAGUGAGCGUUACAAUCCGCACUCCGAUCCUGUCCUCUCAAUCGAGGAUAUUGUAUUAUAAAUAUGCUUGUGUAUACAACUCAUUAGCACUCAAUCUUAGUUGACUAAAAAUAGAAGAAGAAGCAUGAAAAGAUGUGCUUGGCAAAGAUUAUCUACAUUAUCGUAUAAGUGACGAGUUCAAUAUAUGAGCUUAGAAAUGGCCUUGAAGAGUUUAUCAUAUUAUCGAAAGAUCCUGUUGAUCAGAAGGCAGUAAUAAAAGUCAUAUCAUGCAUUUAUACAAGCAAAAAUGAAUGCGAAGGAGACUGCAAUCUAUAUUUAUGCAUUUAUAGUGUUAUUGAGUUGAGUCAUAAUUUAUAUUAUAUAUCAUGGUGCAGCAGCGACUACCUAGUUUCGAUGUUUUUUACACAGGUGGUCGAAGUGGACGGCGAUUUAUAUUGACACUCGUUGCUGGAACGGUUUUCGGUUUUUUAUCAGCAUGUUUGCUCAUUGCAUCCACAAGAGAUGUACCACAUAUGUUCAGUUGGGUACCAGGUGGUUCUGAUCUUUCUAGAGAUCCUCAUCAUUAUUCAGAAAUGGACUCAGAGAUUGGGCCCGAAACAGAAGUGAAAUUUCAUGGUGAUGAUGAAGAUUUCCACAAAGGAGAAGAUAGAAUAGCUCAGGAUAUGGCGAGAAAAGUACGUGUUCUUUGCUGGAUUAUGACAGGUCCAAAAAACCAUCAGAGCAAAGCUCGUCAUGUGAAAGCGACAUGGGGAAAACGCUGCAAUGUACUUCUUUUUAUGAGUUCUGCGGAAGAUGCCAGCUUACCCACUGUAGUGUUACCAGUAAAGGAGGGUAGAGAUAAUCUAUGGGCUAAAACCAAAGAAGCGUUUAAAUACGCUUACGAGAAGUACAAAGAUAAAGUAGAUUGGUUCAUGAAAGCUGACGACGAUACAUAUGUGGUGGUAGAAAAUUUACGAUAUAUGCUGUCGUCAUACAAUCCAAAUUCAUCAUUGUACUUUGGAUGCAGAUUUAAACCUUUUGUAAAGCAAGGUUACAUGAGCGGUGGCGCGGGAUAUGUACUUAGUAAGGAAGGCUUACGCAAGUUCGUGGAAGAAGGGUUACCCGAUAAAACCAAGUGCCGGCCGGAUAACGGCGGCGCUGAAGACGUGGAGAUGGGAAAAUGUCUCGAAAAAGUUGGCGUACGCGCGAUGGAUACCAGAGAUCCUCACGGGCGCGGUAGAUUCUUUCCAUUUGUGCCGGAACAUCACUUGAUACCAAAUCAUGUAGAUAAAAAUUUCUGGUAUUGGAAGUAUAUCUAUUACGAUACCAAGGAUGGAUUGAAUUGCUGUUCAGACAGCGCUGUUUCGUUCCAUUACGUAUUACCGAACAUGAUGUAUGUUCUGGAGUAUCUGAUUUAUCAUUUGAGGCCAUAUGGUAUCAGUCAUAGCCUGGAGAGACCCUCUCCGGAUCGACCGUCGACGUUGAUCGAAUACUAGUCCGUACACUGUCGUAAAUAGACCAUAAGGUUCUGUAAUUUUUAUUUUAUACAUGAUACUAGUCCAUUCGAGCCAACGAUAUAUAAGUGUAAUAUAUUCUCAGCGGAUAAAAAGUGUGAUAUAUCGUACUUCUUAAACACAUGAAGUCUUUAUACGUAUCUAUAAUUAAAAAAACACUGGCCAUAAUGGAUAUAGUUAUAGUUUAGACUAGAAAAGUUAGGAAGAUAGUGCAAGCACAAUAGAUAUGCGUUAGAGACUUAGAAUCUUUUUUUUAGAGCGUUAAACUACGAAUUAAAUUUUAUAAGAUGAUAUGUGAUAUAACUACUUAAGAAUUUAACAGAAUAAAACGUAUGAU